UCUACUAAUACAUUUACCGGAAGAAGCAAUACUUGGAGGACCGGUUCACAUGAGGUGGAUGUAUCCUUUUGAAAGGUAUAUGAAAAAAUUGAAGAAUUAUGUCCGUAACAAAGCACGUCCAGAGGGCUCAAUAGCAGAAGGAUAUGUGGUUGAUGAGGCAUUAACAUUUUGCUCCAUGUACUUGAAAGGUGUUGAGACAAAGUUCAAUCGUCCAGACCGAAAUGUAGAUGUUGGUCCAUCACUUAAAAAGAUGUCGGUCUUUCGAUCUCAGGGUCGUCCAAUUGGUAAGAAAUCAUUGACAAUUUUGGAAGAUGAAGUGAAGAAAAUAGCAGAUUGGUAUAUUCUAAACAACUGCAAUGAGAUCUUGCCAUAUCUUCGAGAGCAUAGGGAAAUUUUACAGACUAGAGGUGUUGAAAACCUAGACCAAUUACAUAGAGAGGAAUUUCCUAAUUGGUUUUAUAAUAAGAUUUAUCAUCUUCGACAAACAGGAUCCUUGGAAGUAGAUGAAGAAUUAAUCUCUUUAGCAAACGGUUCUUCAACUCGUGUUGCGUCGUACCCUGGGUGUGUUGUAAAUGGAGUAAGAUUUUUGUGUUAUGACAGGGACAAGAAUCGCAAAACUCAAAAUAGUGGAGUCUCUGUAGCGGGUGUCGAAAAUAGUACUUAUUACGGCCAGUUGGAAGAAGUUUUAGUGAUGUCUUAUCUUUCUGGUUGUUCUGUUGUAUUAUUUAAGUGCAAAUGGUUUGACACUAAUCGGUCUUCAGGAUUAAAGUUUGAGCAAAACAUAACGAGUAUCAAAACCAGUUCGGAGGCCUUCAAAGAUGAUAAAUUUAUCUUAGCAACUCAGGCUAACCAAGUUUUCUACAUUGAAGACCUUAAAAAUAAAUCUCAUUGGAAAGUCGUCCAAGAAGUGCAUCACAGAAAUGUGUGGGACAUCCCACUAGUUGAAGAACAAGCGGAGGAUGUAGAAGUAGAUGUUAUGCACGACACUAGUUCCUCUAAUUUCCAAUUAUUCUUCUUAGAUUUGUUCUAG